ACGGGAUUCUGCAGUUUUGUAAAAUUUUAUUUACGUGCACAUGUUUCAUUGGGACAUUUUGUAUUCAGUGACCCACUGAUGAUCUGAGCUAGGUGCACUAUCUGCUUUUCAUGCAUUACCACACAAGAUUUUGAAAUACUGGAGCAUUACUAUGAAUAGGAAUUUGCGAGUCACAUGGUUUGUCUGGCGGAGAAAAGCCAGUGGUGCACCUUAAAGGACAAUCUUGGCUCUUAAGGAGUAUGGAGUGAACAACAAACUUAGCCGAGCUGCUUCCAUAUACAGACAUUGGCCAUGGGGGACACAAGCUCAGGAGAUACUUCUAGCCCCAAUAAUGGCAGCACUAAAUGGGUGGCCAGAGCUACAGGUGAUGAUGAUGAAACUCUGUGUCACUCAGGAGCUUUGGUGGAAUCAGACAUUUCCUCUUUGGUUGGUAAUGACCAAAAGAGAUUUGAAACCAGUCAACCUGUUCCCUCCAAACCAGAUGAUUACAGCGAGUUCUGCCCUGUGUCAAGCUCAAAUGAAACUGCCGGGAUUGUUAGCCUUCCUGCCAUAUCUACUCAAAGCCCUUCUCGCAAGCGUCAAGAUACAGCAGGAGAUUUCCCUAGGUUAUCCAAGUCAGCUAUAAGAGCUUCUGUCUCCUCUACAUGUGGCCAGUCCUCCGACACUGAUGACAAGAAGGAUGUCCGAGACAGGAACUCCACCAUCUCUGUUUUAGACAAGGACUCUUCCCCGGAUUCACAUGUAAAACUGUCAAGCUCAGAUGGUGAGGAGUUCUUCGUGAAUGCCACCCUGCUCUCUUCCCAGUCUGGGUAUUUUAAUAGUUGUCUGAGAAGUGGCAUGAAAGAAUCAUUAACAAAAACUGUUCAAUUUGCCAAUCUGACAUCAUCAGCCCUCAGUAUGACUGUGAACUUUAUCAAGACUUCAGCCUGUGACUUGUCUCUGUCCUGCGUUAGGGAGAUGUUGUUUGCAGCCACCUAUUUACAAAUCCCAGACCUUCAGAAUUACUGCUGUGCUUUUUUGACAGAUGAAAUAAACAUUAACACAUACACCACUAUAUAUGGCAUCGCAAAAAGCUUUGGUUUAACAGAAGUCCAAUUGUCCUUGAAAUCAUUCCUGUGUAAAUCACUGUCAAAGUUUUCUGAAACAGAACAUUUCAAAGAGCUUCCGCUCGAUCAGCUGAUCGAAGUUUUGGGUAGUGAUGAUCUAAAUGUGGUUUCAGAGAAAGAAGUGCUUGAGAUGAUUGUUUUAUGGCUUCAAAACAACAAAGAAGCCAUGGAACAGUCCAGUGAGCUUCCCGGUAAACUGCUCAACACUGUCAGAAUACCCUGCCUAUAUACUAACUCUCAUUCAGAUAUCAGCACAGUGUUAAACUCUGCUGUCAAGGACAAUAUUCAAGUUGAGGAUUUUCUCUCUCGUCUCAAGCAUUACCAAGAUCAUCCAGAACUAUGCCACAAACUGCUCAUAGAAAACAACUCAAAGGUACGUAAAGGUGUAGAGGUCAUGAUGACCUUGGGAGGUUUGGAACAAGGGAUCUGGAAGAAGCAGCCGAGCAACAAGACAAAGUUUGCUCUGACAUCUGCACUUCCUGAUAGCACUGACACAGACCUGGACUGCCCUACGGAGCCGUUUGUUCUCUAUGACAAACACACCUCUCGUUUACUGACCAAGGUGUAUGAACACUGCACCUGUACCCUGGAUAACUACGUCUACCUGCUGGGAGGGCAGACUGCAGAACAUGACCGGGCCCAGCUUGCCACAAGUGCUGUCUACAGAUUUGACCCUAGAGUCUUUGAGUGGACAGAGCUGUGUCCCAUGAACACAUGCAGAAGUCUGUUUUAUGUUGGCUGUGUGAACGGGAGGCUCUAUGCUGUUGGGGGUGCCAGCUGCUUGGGAAUGGAGAACACAGUAGAGUGCUACUUGCCCUCAGCCAAUCAGUGGACGUACACAAAACCCAUGCACACCAAGCUACACGAACACGCAGGCUGUGUACAUGAAGAUCACAUUUACAUCUCCGGAGGCCAUGAUGGCAUGAAUGGGACAUGCUCUAGCCUGUGGUGUUUUCAGCCAAACGAAGAUUCCUGGUCAGAGAGAGCACAAAUGAGAAAUGCUCGUGCCAACCACAAAAUGGUUACCCUGGACGGGAAGUUGCUUGCCUUUGGAGGCUGUCAGUGCAUAGACACCACAGUGGAAGACAUCUGGGAAUGCGAGAGUUACGAUAUAGCCAUGGACCAGUGGACAGUGAUCACCUCUUUACCCAGACUCUCAUCUUGCUUGUCGGCCAUUACAGUGGGCAAGCUCAUCCUGUGUUUUGGAGGCUACACUUUCUCCUUCUGUAAAUAUGUAGACAUGGUUCAAGUGUACAACACAGAAGACAACUCCUGGAAAACAUUUAAGCUACACAUGAAUGUCCCAAAGUGUUUGCUUUGUGAAAAAGUUGUUGUCAACGAAAUGCUGUUGUAUGCUGAGUGAAGUGUGGUAAACUAGUGAUCUCAUGUUAGACAGUGGUUACCAGAAGACACAUGUUGUUUGCAUCAUGCUAACUAUAAAUAAGUUCAUUGUUAAUAUGAUAUUAAACCUCAAGUCUCUGUAACUGAAUAAUUUUGACACAAUAUAUUGUUUACUCUUAUGAUAUUCAUUUUUUCAUGUGGCUGCAAUGUUCUGCAACAAAGUUACCUGCAUGUAUUUUUUUGAUGGCAUUACUGAGCUCUUCCUGAAAUGAAGCCUAUGCAUUAAAGGAAAAGACAAUAGGUGUGAGACAUGUCAGUAGAUGUGAGACAUCGCAAGAGAUGUGAGACAUGACAGUAGAUGUGACAUGUCAGUAGAUGUGAGACAUCGCAAUAGAUGUGAGACAUGACAGUAGAUGUGACAUGACAGUAGAUGUGAGAGAUCGCAAUAGAUGUGGGACAUGACAAUAGGUUGAAAAACAUUUGUAGCGUCAAAACAAAAUUCUUUUAUUUGGGGUCAACCAAUAGUCAAAUAAACAAGUAAAUUUUGGAUUAUUCACAGAAUAAAGGCAAUAAAAACAAAGUCAAAAAGUUUCACAUUACAACAUUUUCAAUGGGAAAUUGUAUGGAAUAUCUUCUGCCAACCUGUGUUUCGUGUACUUGGUCAUUUUGAACAGUAGCCAAUUUUUCUGACUUUAUGUUUUUUUGUUAAAAUAAUUCUUGAAUGUGCUAUAUAGAUUUUUAUUAAAUAAUUGGAAUUAU